AUGUCGGUAAAGCCUAGCACGUUUCUGUUUGUUACAGAAGCAAAGUCCAAGGUAUCUGUUCGUCUAUUGGACGGUAAGACUCCUAACGAGGGACGUUUAGAAGUUAGAUACAAAGGUACUUGGGGUACCAUAUGCAAUGCUGAAUGGGACAUAUUUGCUGCUUACGUGGUGUGUCACAUGUUGAAUUACUCCAAGGCAGUAAUAGCAAAGACUGCUAGCGUCAAAGGAACUGGUCCUAUAUGGCUUAAAUUAAGAGGUUAUGGUUGCUAUGGACACGAAGAAUCUAUUGAUCAGUGUCCUCAUGGUGGCUGGGGUAACACUGGUGGAUGUGAUCACAGCCGUGAUGCUGGAGUGGUAUGUGGCAAUCUAACACCAGAGGAGAAAGCGAUCGAAGUUCGUCUGGUGGGAGAUCAAAACCAUACUGGCAAAGUAGAAAUACUGUAUCAAGGGACCUGGGGAGUAGUGUGUUAUUAUUUGUGGGAUACACGAGAUGCUCACGUGAUCUGCAAAAUGCUUGGUUACAAAGCAGCUAAACACGCAAUUCGGUUUAUUGAAGGAGAGACACCAAGAAGAACUCUCAUGGGUCUUGUGGGAUGCAGUGGUAGAGAAAAGUCGAUAUCAGAGUGUGCUCACCGUGGAUGGUGGAAGGUUUCUUCAUGGUGCUCGAAUAAACGUCUUGCUGGGGUGGUUUGUCAGGCAAAUGAAG